AUGAGCUCCGAUUAUAAUACUCAUUCGCCAGCACAAUACCUAAUAAGUGAGAUUUUGGAAAAUGUAUUUCAAAACUGCAAAACGAAUGAUUGGUUUCGAUUCUUACUUGUAAAUCGACAUUGGUGUAGCAACGCAAUUAGGUUAAUUUGGCAGUCGCCAUUUUUUUACUCAGAAGACCAUAGGAUUAUUGAUGUUUACUUGUCGUUUUUGAAUGAUGAAGAACGAGCUGAACUUAAAGCUAAAGGUGUUGUUGUGCCACCGACCCCUUCCACAUUUUUUCAAUAUCCAGCGUUUCUUCGUGGAAUGGAUUUUAAAGCAUUGGAUGCUGCAAUUAGGGAUUGGAUGUUCUUUAAUGUUCAUCCGCCGAUAACAACCAUAAAUGAAGUCCUAGAAUCUCCAAAUGAUACAACUAACAACAAUAUGCCAAUUGAACCUGGUCCAAUCCUCAUCACAUGUAAAGACUCAUUCGCCACGUCAUCCUCAGCAGCCUCUUCGGACCGUAAGAAAAUCAAACCUGACAAUACUGAGAAUUCAAAAUCAAACAGACCAAAUUAUUCUUAUUUAGUUCCGGGUACAACGGGUGACGAUUUUGCGUGGCAUCGAGCAGUUAAAAGCGUUCUCGUGAAAAUGUUUUUGAGAUAUUCGCCGCCACUUUCAAUAAUAUGUGUCGACGAGCCCGAAAUAUUUUCGAUUGGAGAUGAGGAACAUUUUGUGCAUUGGAUAAGCCAAGUUCGAGAGUUGAGUUUAGUUGCUGACUUUGGAUGGUGGGAGUUUAUUCCGGUUUUAUCGAAUGGUUGUAAAAAUUUGAAUACAUUGAUGGUUUCACACUUGCCGAAUUUCAAAGAAAAAGCGCCGGAGUCGGUUUCCUUAUUUUUUGAUUUCUUGGCCAAACAAGAAAAACUCAUCCGAUUUGAAUUGAAAAACUCUGAAAGCUUUCACGAGGGUCUCGAACGCGUACUUGAGGUUUUACCAGUCACAUUACAACACUUGGUGUUUCAGGCAGACAAUAAGCCAGACGGCCCAUAUUCACUUGACGCCUUGGCACGAUUUCGAUGUUUGCGAUCUCUUGAAUUCUGGGGCGAAUUCACAUUAACCGAUACACUUACUCGGCCACUCACAUCCAACAACUUUCCAAAUCUUCAAGAAAUUUUGAUAACUGGAGUCAAAGUUUGUAAUCGAUUCCAGAAUUGGGUCGAUAAAGUAAAUGCGAAAGCUAUUUCCGCAUAA